UCAGGGGCGACUCCAAGGGUGCACACAGGCCAGGCGCUGGGUCACAGCCGCAGGCAGGCAGCUCCUGACAUUGCCUACACCCGCCAUCCAGCCAGGGGCAGCUGGGAAGAGCUCUGCACUCUGACCUCGGCCAGGGAGGCCCUGGGACCCGGGCAGCAGGCUGGGUGCAGACCAUGGCCUCAUACCCACUGUUGGUGGCCCCCCCGGAGGCCCUGCUGAAGCCCAUGUCUGUGCCCAGACAGCUCCUGCUGGGGCCCGGCCCCUCCAACCUGGCUCCACGUGUCCUGGCGGCCGGGGGACAGCAGAUGAUCAGUCACAUGCACAAAGACAUGUACCAGAUAAUGGAAGAAAUCAAGCAAGGCAUCCAGUACGUGUUCCAGACCAAGAACCGCCUCACCCUCGCCAUCAGUGGCUCGGGGCACGCUGCCAUGGAGGCCGCCCUAUUCAACCUGCUGGAGCCCGGGGACUCCUUCCUGGUCGGGGUCAACGGCAUCUGGGGCCAGCGGGCCGCUGAGGUCGGAGAGCGCCUGGGAGCCCGCACGCACCGGAUGACCAAGGACCCCGGAAGCCACUGCUCGCUGCAGGAGGUGGAGGAGGGCCUGGCCCGGCACAAGCCGGUGCUGCUCUUUCUGACCCAAGGGGAGUCCUCCAGCGGCGUGCUGCAGCCCCUCGACGGCUUUGGGGCGCUGUGCCGCAGGUACCAGUGCCUGCUCCUGGUGGACUGCGUGGCCUCCCUGGGUGGGACCCCCAUCCACAUGGACCAGCAAGGCAUCGACGUCUUGUACUCGGGCUCCCAGAAGGUCCUGAACGCCCCUCCAGGCACGGCGCUCAUCUCCUUCAGUGACAAGGCCAGAGACAAGGUCUACGCCCGGAAGACGAAGCCCCACUCCUUCUACCUGGACAUCAAGCUGCUGGCCAACUUCUGGGGCUGUGACGACGAGCCCAGGAUGUACCACCACACCACCCCCGUCAUCAACUUGUUCGGCCUGAGAGAGAGCCUGGCGCUCAUCGCGGAAGAGGGCCUGGAGAACAGCUGGCAGCGCCACAGGGAGGUCACCUCCUACCUGCACGGGCGUCUGCAGGAGCUGGGCCUGCAGCUCUUCGUGAAGAAUCCCGCGCUGCGGCUGCCCACUGUCACCACCGUGGCGGUGCCCGCCGGCUACAACUGGAGAGACAUCAUCAGCUACCUCAGAGACCGCUUCUCCAUAGAGAUCACCGGUGGCCUCGGGCCCUCCUUAGGGAAGGUGCUACGCAUCGGGCUCCUGGGCUGCAACGCCACCAGGGAGAACGUGGACCGCGUGACCGAGGCCCUGAAGGAGGCACUGCAGCACUGCCCCCGGAACAAGCUGUGACCCAGCCACCUGGCCAGGCCCUCCUGGAGGGGCGGGGGGCCCAGACGGGGUCUGCGAGGCCGACAGGCUGCUGCCAGCCCCCGAGGCCCUUCUCCUUCCUGGUCAGGAUGCACAGCUCCUCCCAAGUGACCUGCAGCCCCCAGGCCCCUGGCCUCCUAGGAGUAUUCAAUAAAGAGCAGGCGGCCAUCUGUCCUCUCUAUGUGGGGCUGG